AUGCCGCCUAAACCCAAUCCGUCACUUGGACAAGAUCCUCCAGAAAUUACUAUACGGCCUCGUAACCUGCAAGUCCGAGCCAACGGUAUUGCAGCCUUCUACUGUGCCGCGCGCGGCGACCCCAAGCCGAAUAUACAGUGGAGGAAGAACGGAAAGAGAGUGUCAAGCAUGCAAUCCCGCUACCAAGUAUCCGGUAUGGACUCAGCGGCCGGACCAGGCGCGAAUGGUGCUGUUCUCCGCAUCGAACCGGUGCGUGCGCAGCGAGAUGACGCCACUUACGAAUGCGUCGCUGAGAACGGCGUAGGCGACGCUGUCACUGCACUGGCAACACUGACCGUUUUUGAAGCUGACAAAACCCCACCAGGAUUCCCGUCGAUAUCUCCCCCCUCGACCACGCUGGUAGUAGAAGUUGGCCACAUAGCCACUUUGCCUUGCCAAGCCACUGGUAGCCCCUCACCGAAGGUGCGAUGGUUGUUCAACUCGCUGCCGCUAGAUGUCGCCUCGAAUCCAAGAUAUGCGUUGCUGAAUGAAAAAAUGCACGGCACCUUACAAAUCGUGAAGAGCGAAGUGGAAGACCAGGGAAAGUACGAGUGCGUAGCUGAAAACUCAAUCGGCACCGAGUUCUCUAAGCCUACGUCGUUGUAUGUGAAACUAAGAAGAGUAGCACCGCAGUUCUCGAUACCGCCACCACCUCGGACGGAAGUGAUGUUAGGAGGAAACCUGACUUUGAAGUGCGUCGCUGUCGGGUCACCCAUGCCUACGGUCAAAUGGAGAAAAGGAUUGACAAAAUGGCUGACGCCGGAAGACAGCCCGCCUCUAGGGAUCAACACACUGAAGUUAGAAGAUAUAACGGAAUCAGCGAAUUAUACUUGUGAAGCAGCCAGCGUUCUUGGAGUCAUAGAAGCCACUGCUGAGGUCAAAGUACAGUCACUGCCCGGUCCGCCAACUGAAGUGAGGGCGUCAGAAAUCACAGCGACCACAGUCCGUCUGGCGUGGACGUACAACGGCCCCGAAGAACCACAAUACUACGUUAUACAGUACAAACCGAAAUAUGCUAAUCAGGCAUUCAGCGAAAUAUCCGGCGUAAUAACUCAAUACUACUCCGUGACGAAUCUAUCGCCGUACACUGAAUACGAGAUGUAUGUGAUCGCUGUCAACAAUAUUGGCAGGGGGCCAGCAUCGGAGCCGGCCGUCAUCACCACUGGAGAGACCGAACCCGGGACAGCACCGCGCAACGUUCAAGUACGUCCACUUAGCUCUAGCACCAUGGUCAUCCAGUGGGAUGAACCAGAAACGCCAAACGGACAAGUUACGGGAUACAAAGUUUAUUAUACGUCGGAUCCGUCGCAGUCUUUACAAUCGUGGCAUUCGCAAAUGAUGGACAACAAUCAUCUAACAACGAUAAGUGAACUGACACCGCACACAGUGUACACGAUACGCGUGCAGGCGUUCACCUCUGUUGGGCCUGGGCCUAUUUCUCCACCCGUCCAAGUUAAGACACAACAAGGUGUCCCCUCUCAACCCUCGAAUCUGAUGGUGGUGGAAGCUGGCGAGACGUCGGUGACUCUAUCCUGGAGGCGACCUACGCACGCAGGCGACAACAUUGUCUCCUACGAAUUGUACUGGAACGACACGUACGCCAAGGAGCACCAUAAGAAGCGGAUACCCAUCACCGAAACAUACACGCUAAACGGCCUAUAUCCGAACACGCUGUACUACAUCUGGCUGGCUGCGAGAUCGCAGAGGGGCGAGGGUGCCACGACGCCACCUAUCGCAGUCCGGACUAAACAAUAUGUUCCCGGAGCGCCGCCGAUGAAUGUGACAGCCGUGGCGAUAUCGCCCACCGCGAUUCGGGUGUCGUGGCAACCGCCCCCCGCCGAAAGGGCCAACGGAAGGAUAGCGUACUACAAACUCCUCUGUGUGGAGUCUGGGAGGGGGGAUAGCGAGGCGAUGGUGGUGAAACUCAAUCAGACUAGCUUCGUCCUCGACGAGCUGAGGCGUUGGACGGAGUACCGCAUCUGGGUGUUGGCCGGGACCAGCGUCGGAGACGGACCGGCCUCCUACCCGGUCACCGUGCGCACGCAUGAAGACGUGCCUGGCGAACCUCAAGAUGUGAAAGUGAACGCUAUCAACUCGACGUCGAUCCACGUCACCUGGAAGCCACCGCAAGAGAAGGAUAAGAACGGCAUCAUUAGAGGUUAUCAUGUACACGUACAGGAGGUUAGAGAAGAAGGCAAAGGUUUUCUCAACGAUCCGAUGCGUUUCAAUGUAAUGGACGAUACAACGUUAGAAUUGAAUGUCUCGGGUCUGCAACCCGACACGCGAUACAAUGUACAGGUGGCAGCUCUAACAAGAAAAGGAGAUGGUGACAGAAGUCCCCCAGUUUCUGUAAAGACUCCAGGUGGCGUUCCUAAUAGGCCUACUGUCAAUCUCAAGGUUUUAGAACGGGACCCGAUAGUGUCGAUUGAAAUCGAAUGGGCCAAACCUACUCAGACUUAUGGGGAUUUGUUAGGAUAUCGGCUCAGAUACGGCAUUAAAGAUCAAACUCUAGAAGAAAUGAAUUUUUCUGGAACUAAAGUUAACUCCCAUAGAAUUAAUGAUUUAGAGAGAGGAGUGCAAUAUGAGUUCCGAGUGGCCGGAAGAAAUCCUAUAGGUAUAGGCCAGGAGGCUAUAAAAUAUUGGCUGACCCCUGAAGGCGCACCAAAAGGACCACCCACUAACGUUACAUAUCAUUUUCAAACUCCUGACAUUAUUAGUAUUAUGUGGGAGGCCCCUAUACGAGCGGACCGUAGUGGACAAAUAAGAAAGUACGAUGUACAAUUUUAUAAGAAAAGUGAUCAGUCGUCUAUGGUAGAAAAAACUACGGAACUAACAAAAGCAGUGUUCACCGGCCUAGAAGAAGAUGCUCAUUAUGUAUUCAAAGUGAGGGCUUAUACUGAUCAAGGUGCUGGACCAUACAGUAAAGAUAUAACAGCUCAUACGGAAAGAGAUAUCGGCAGAGCACCCAUGGCCGUCAAGGCUGUGGCUACUUCCGAAUCGGGUGUAGAAGUAUGGUGGGAAACAGUCCCGUCAAGGAAGAAAGUCGUCGGAUAUGUUAUUUUCUAUACAAUGACCCCCGUCGAAGAUUUAGAUGAGUGGCAACAAAAGACCGUUCACGUAACGCAUUCCGCUGAUUUAGAAAAUCUGGAAAAAUUCGCCGAAUAUUCCAUUGCAGUCGCUGCGAAAUUAGCUGAAGGUUUAGGAAGAUUAUCAGAAAAGGUGAAAGUAAAAGUGAGACCGGAAGAAGUGCCUUUACAUUUAAGAGCUCAGGACGUGUCUACUCAUUCCAUGACAUUAUCGUGGUCACCACCUUUACGAUUAAAUCCCGUUAGCUAUAAAAUUUCGUAUAAUGCCAUAAAAGAAUUUGUCGACUCUUUAGGCAUGACGCAGACUCAGGAGAUUCCUAAGAGGGAAAUUGUGGUUAAGCAUGACCGAACUUCAUAUUCCAUUAAUGAUCUUUCGCCAUUUACAACGUACAAUGUAAACAUAAGCGCCAUACCUAAUGAUAAGUCGUAUAGGCCACCGACAAAAAUCACAGUCACAACUCAAAUGGCUGCACCAAAACCAAUGGUUAAGCCUGACUUUUAUGGCGUUGUUGAAAACGAAAUACUCGUUAUAUUACCUCAAGCGUCUGAAGAAUAUGGACCCAUUUCGCAUUACUAUCUUGUUGUAGUCCCAGACGACAAAGCUCAUAAUCAUAAAAACCCUGAUCAGUUUUUAACUGACAACUUAAUUAAAAAUAACGCUCGGACUGAUGACGAAAACGCUCCAUAUAUCGCCGCAAAAUUUUUACAAAGAAACAUUUUAUACACGUUCCACCUAGGAAAUGACGAAAUGUAUGAAGGCUUUUUAAACAGAAAACUCAAUCCAAAGAAAAAAUAUAGAGUUUUUGUCAGGGCUGUGGUAGAUACGCCACAAAAACAUCUUUAUACUUCUAGCCCGUUUUCGGAAUAUUUAUCACUCGAUAUGCGAGAGGCUCCUCCAGGCGAAGAACCGAGUAGACCCGAUCCCAAAGAUAUCAAUGGUGAUCCCGAAAUUAGAAUAGAAGAGAAUAGGAAAGAAGCUGGAAUGGUGUGGGUGAUUGGUCCGAUUAUUGCUGCGUUAAUGCUGUCGCUGUGUUUAGUGCUCUUAUUUAUAGUGAAAAGAAGACGACAGCCCUGCAAGACUCCCGACCAAGCGGCUGUUACACGACCCCUUAUGUCAGCUGAUAUUGGCUUCGGGGCUCCAUCAGAUCCGGUAGAAAUGCGGCGACUUAACUUCCAAACACCAGCUAUGAUCUCGCACCCUCCAAUACCUAUUUCGGAACUUUCGGAACACAUAGAUAGACUCAAAACCAAUGACAAUCUGAAAUUCUCGCAAGAAUAUGAAAGUAUAGAACCCGGUCAACAGUUUACGUGGGAUCAUUCCAACAUGGAGGUUAACAAACCAAAAAAUAGAUAUGCCAAUGUGAUAGCCUAUGACCACAGUCGCGUUAUCCUCCAACCGAUCGAUGGAAUACUUGGAAGUGAUUACAUCAACGCAAACUAUUGCGACGGUUAUCGUAAGCACAACGCAUACGUUGCAACACAAGGACCUCUACAAGAAACGUUUGCUGACUUCUGGCGAAUGUGCUGGGAGCUACGCACUGCUACCAUAGUGAUGAUGACGAAGCUGGAAGAGCGGACUCGAAUCAAAUGCGAUCAGUACUGGCCGAGUCGAGGCAGCGAAUCUUACGGUAUGAUGACGGUGACUAUUGCUGAAGUUCAGGAAUUGGCUACUUACUGCAUCCGUACUUUCCAAGUGACCAGAAACGGUGGCGCUGAACGCCGAGAAGUAAAACAGCUACAGUUCACAGCAUGGCCUGACCACGGUGUCCCCGACCACCCGGCUCCAUUCUUGCAGUUCCUACGUCGUGUUAGAGCCCUGAAUCCACCUGACGCCGGACCACUCGUAGUACAUUGCUCCGCUGGCGUCGGGCGAACCGGUUGCUUCAUCGUCAUCGACUCAAUGCUAGAGAGAGCUCGUCACGAACGCACAGUAGAUAUCUACGGACAUGUGACCUGUCUACGUGCCCAGCGCAACUACAUGGUCCAAACCGAAGACCAAUACAUUUUCAUUCAUGACGCAUUACUGGAGGCUGUCAUCUGCGGUGAUACAGAAGUACCGGCGCGUAACUUACACUCCCAUAUCCAGAAACUCAUGCGCAUCGAUUCCAUUGAGAAUAUUACUGGAAUGGAAUUGGAAUUCAAGAAGCUGGCUAACAUGAAAGCUGAUUCUAGCCGCUUCGUCUCCGCGAGCUUGCCAUGCAAUAAGCACAAGAAUAGGCUGGUGCACAUCUUGCCGUAUGAGUCUACUCGCGUUUGUCUGACACCACGCGACGGGUCCGACUACAUCAAUGCUUCGUUCGUCGAUGGGUACAGAUACAGGGCGGCGUAUAUUGCAACUCAGGGUCCUCUGCCGGACACCACAGAUGACUUCUGGCGCAUGCUCUGGGAGCAUAACUCCACUAUUAUCGUGAUGUUGACCAAGUUAAAGGAAAUGGGUCGAGAGAAAUGUCACCAAUACUGGCCUUCAGAUCGCUCUGUGCGCUAUCAAUGCUUCGUGGUCGAUCCCAUCGCUGAAUACAAUAUGCCCCAAUACAUUUUGAGGGAAUUCAAGGUGACAGACGCUCGCGAUGGUGCGUCUCGCACGGUGCGUCAGUUCCAAUUCACCGAUUGGCCUGAGCAAGGGGUUCCCAAGAGCGGCGAAGGGUUCAUCGACUUCCUUGGACAAGUCCACAAGACCAAAGAGCAGUUUGGCCAAGAUGGACCGAUUACAGUGCAUUGCAGCGCUGGCGUGGGACGCACUGGUGUGUUCAUAACUCUAUCGACGGUGCUAGAGCGGAUGCAGUACGAGGGAGUUGUCGACGUGUUCCAGACUGUUCGCACGCUGCGCACCCAAAGGCCAGCUAUGGUGCAAACUGAGGACCAGUACGAAUUCUGCUACCGCGCAGCGCUGGAGUACCUCGGCUCCUUCGACCACUAUGCCAACUGA